AUGGGGGGAUCUUCGCCUCCGUUCCUUUACGGCGCACCGUCGGCGUACAGUUUCCAUGGCCCGACAGACCACCCUUUCAAUCCUAAGGCCGUGACCCAAGCGAGCUGGACUCGUCCGAAGUCAAAGCCGCAGCCUAAAGGCCCGUUGGUCAACUUCAACAGACAUCCUGAUUCGUAUAACAAUAUCCCCGAUGGAAAGUCUCGAUGGACUCCAAUGAGUCGUAAGACGAAGCCUAGGAUAAUCCUUGCGCGCAAGGUACAGUUAGGACUUCGCGUUCUGAUGUUGCUGGGAGCGCUUGGUUCUCUAUUCUGUGCGAUAGUCAUUAAGAAUGCGGCCGUCAGUGUCAUAUGGAUUGUUCGCGUCGGACCCGCCGUAGCGAUCCUGCACACUCUUUAUGGCAUCUACCAUCUUUGUCGCUCCGCCGUCUCCAGACCCCCCGGUUCCCAGGCUAGCUACAUGGUGUUCGCCUCGACUUUGGACCUCGGACUGAUUCCGUUCUAUAUCUUCACCGCAUUCCUCGCAUAUAAGCAAUACACCGAGAACGAGUAUCACUGGACCACCAUGCUCAGCUCUGAUUUCGAUAUCACGACCAAGAUUUCCCAGGUCACCUUCCUUCUCAGCGUGGUCAACGGCGGCUUCCAUCUCAUCGCCUUAGGGAUCUGCAUCUUCCUUGCGGUCACCUUCCGGAAAAUUACCAAGCUGCCCCCAGACAUGAAUCCCUUGGAAGACAAUCUGACAGCGCGCCCGCAUAAGCGUACCAAGUCCGAGCUUGCUGAAAAGCAUGCCAGUCAGUCUACCCUAGACUCCGCAAUGUCCGAGGAUCCGCUUAUGGGGCCCCCUCGGAAAAUGGCAUUCAUGCACACUCGAGGUCAGUCCUCGGAAGGCGGCUCGAUCAUGACGGAGAAGAGGCAUUCUCAGCUGUCCGAGCAUUCAGAUCGCAUGUCGCGUAUGGUGUCCCCUAUGCCACCGAUGCCUUUCGAAAAUCAUGCCGAUCCCACAGACUACAUGACAGAGCAUGUUCCGGAGCACAACCUUGACGUUUUCGCACGACCUACAUCGAGUGUACCGCAUGGGGCUCCCGUGCGCGAACCCUCUCCCGACUUCCCGAACAGAUCCCAGUGUGUCAGCCCUGCGUCGGACAAUUGGGUCGCUUAUUCCGACAGGUCUCCUUCCCCUGUGGACGUGGUUCACAACGAGAACCAGGCCCAUGCCCCUCGAGAACCUUCGUCCGUCUACAGCCGAGGCACUGCCUCCGGUGGAUCGAACGGUGGAGCCGCGGACUGGGUACACCCCGGACAGCGCAAUGGAUGGAACGUUGGUGAGACAAUUCAGGAAGACGCCCAUGGAGAAUACGAAUCUCUCCCUGUUCACGAAUACUACGGCCAUGAUGACUACACGAAUGACACGCGCCAACCAACUCGCUUCUAUGACACCGCCGAACAAGACAUCGGCGACCAUAACAUCCGCAUAUUCCAAGACCACGCCGAUCACGACGACCUCUACGAUGACCACCACGACUCGGACCUUCGCGUCAACCCGCUGGCCCUCAACCCACCCACUCCACAGCCCAUCCUUGAUGAAACACCCGACCACCCGCACAAUGUCUCAGCUCGCAUGGCCCUCACCGAGGUGCCGAACCUAUCCCCUACACCUCCCGUCUCUGUCCCCGCCAGCGACAACAUACCCGCAAAAAACGGUCGCUUCUACGGCGAGCUCGAAGAAAACAACACCUUCGGGCUGAACAUCCCGCGCAACGUCAGCGACCACCGACAAGCCCCCUCCUCCCCCACUGCAUCCCACGGUCUUUGGGGGAAGAAGACCAAAAGCCCGAAGCCCAAAUCUCCGAAGGCCAACGCUUACGGCGCCCUCAAGCAGCACGAUGACGAAACGGACCCUGUCACCGGUGAACCCCUCGCCCUGCCUUCUGAUCCUCCGGCCACGCCCGACGGUGACCGCAAAGGCCGUGUGGUCAGCAACUCUGGUGCGGACUUUGGUCGUCGCGUCGGACAGGGCGCCUCGCUGUCGUACGGCAACUACAUUGCAGGUCUAGGGGUCGGCCGAAGACGCGACGUGAGCGGGAAGAUGGCCGAAGAGGGACGAGGUGGCGUGGUGAAGCCGAACACAAACAAUAACGAUGCUUCAACGCCUCGCGCUGCAGGGUGGGCUCGGUUUGCUGGUCUUUGA